AUGUUACUCCAAACAUGUAAAACCUGUAGAGGGCUACGUUAUGGUUCUUUUCUAACACUAAAAAGUAACAAACACAUGAGUGAAAGAUGUUUACGAUUUUUUUCAAAAGGAAUUGAGGAAAUAAGUAAAAAGGAUUCAAACGAUUUACAAGCAAAAUUGCUAAGUGAAGAAAUCCAACUUUUAAAAAGAAGGGAAAAGCACACUUUUGACGUUGACGUCAAGGAGCUCAACCGCCUCAUUAGGAGGGAGAAAUUUAACAAACUUAAGAAAAUAACACCAAAGGGAGACCACCCGCACGUAACAAACGCAAAAAGCGUCGAGGAAGGUGAACCAGUUGAACCGGUUCAACGAAGCAAAAUCGACCGUAGCAGUGAAACUAAAAGAACCUGUAGUAUGGGAAACAUGGAGAAUGCUGGAAAUAGAGGAAAAGGGGAAUACACCUGCAUCGUAGAUUGCCCCCCGGAGAAGGAACACCCCCACCAGGAAGAAACAAGGAAGGCAACACUUCCGGAAUCAGGAGCAGGAAACGACGGGGCUGUAGGCAUAAGCGUUUUCGAGCACCAUAUAGACAACACCCAUGCAGAAGUUCGCAAUGUCAACCUAAAUGUAGAGGAAAUGCGGAACCUAGAUGAGUACGUAGAAAACUUAAAUCUCUGGAAAGAGAAUAAAGCGGAACGACAUGAACGGGAAAGUCUGAUAGAAAAUGAAAAGGAUCGUCUUGAAGAAGACACUACAAGUGGAAGCAAGGUAAAUGACCGUAGCUCUGUUGAAACGAAUGCUUGUGAUGAUGCUCAUGCGGAAAAUACUUCCGUUGAAAAUUUCUCCGAUGGGAGCAUCUCAAAUGAAAACACUCCCGUUGGGCGCACCCCAGAUGGUAAUACCCCCGAUGAAAACACCCCAGGUGGUAACCCCCCCGAUGAAUACACCCCCGGUAGAGAGGUCUCGGUGGAUACGAAAGACCUGUCUUACUACCUAAUCGCGGGAAACGACUCUAGUGUCCUCAUGGAUCAAUCUCAUCGUGAAUUCAGUACACACGAAGAUGUAGAGAAAGAUGAAGAGGAAGAUGUGACAAAAGAAGUGGUAGAGGAGGGAAGUGUCCACAAGGUGUUAAGCAGUGGAAUGGUCCUCAGAACCCGCAAGGACCGCUAUAUCAUGGGAAGAUGGAGGAAUCUCCUGGACGGGGAGAGCAGCGAUAACAACCAGAACAACCCCAUCCUCAGAGCAUGCAUAACAAAGCCCAAGGGGAGGAGAAGGAAGACAAACAACGUGGAGAUCAACAGGAAGUACAUCAAGCAGUACGUCAAGAAGUACAUCAAAAGGACCAGCCGGAAAUACAGCAAGAAGAAGAGCAAGGAGUUCACCAAGGAGGAGAGUAGUGAAGAGAAAUAUAAGGAGGAGAAGAACCAAAAACCCAUCGUUACCUCAAAAAGAGUGCGAAAGCCGAAGGGCAGAACAUCCGAGUAUGUCCAGAAAAACAACCCUAGAGGUGUCUACCCCGAAGGUAUUGGUCCGGCGGUUAUUUAUCGCUCAGAAACUUUGCUUGCUAUGCAGAAACAUUGGGAUGAUGUAAUCUACAAUAAUAUGUACAAGGCGUUAGGUGCUACGGAAAAGGAAAUGCUCGACGGGGGCAAUUUAUGUGGACACCGUGGUUAUGCACAGUACUGUGUGCUGCGGGAUGAAAAGUGUAGUGACAAUGAAUCCCCGAGACUGCAGAAGAAGGGAGAUACGUUCGACGAGGUUUCCGUUCUCAACAUGAUGCUCCUUCUGCAGGAACGCUCUCGGGGGGGUGACUUCGCUGAAAUGGAAGAGACGCACUUAAAGGAGGAAGUAAAGGAAAAAGUAAAGGAAAAAGUAAAUGAGAAGGUGAAUGUAGUGACUGAGGAGGUAAAUGUAGUGACGGAAGAAGUGACGGAAGAAGUGAAAGAAGAAGUAAAAGAAGAAGUGAAAGAGGAAGUGAAAGAAGAAGAAAAAGAAGUAAAUGAGGAAGUAAAAGAAGAAGUAAAAGAAAAAGUGAAUGAAGAAGUGGAUGAGAAAGUCGAUGUAGUGGAUGAGAAAGUCGAUGUAGUGGAUGAGAAAGUCGAUGUAGUGGCUGAGGAUGUGACAGAAGAGGUGGUUGAGGUGAAAGAGGAAGUAAAGGAGGAAGUAACAGAUGAUGUAAUGGAUGAUGUUAAGGAGGCUGUAGAAGAGGAAGUGGAGGAAGGAGAAGAUGAAAAAGUGGCUGGGGAGGUGAAUGAAGAGGUGGUUAAAGAGGUUAAUGAAGAAGUGGUUGAAGAGGUUAAUGAAGUAGUUGAAGUGCUCGAAGAAGGAGCGAUUGGUGAAGACGUGGUCGAAGAAGAAAGGCACAAGACAGAGAUACCGAAGGAACGAAUAAGCGUAGACAAUCCCGUUGACAUUGAAAACAUAAUGAAAAUGAAUAUUUCGCAGUGUAGUGUAUCUGAAGGGGUUUUUAUCUUAACCUUCUUCUUGGCAAUGAAUUCUCUGUCUGUGAGAAUGCUAAGCAAGUUCGCCCCCCUGUUUAUGAACAACUUAAGUAGUCUGAAUGAGAAGCAGAUUCUGUUGCUUCUGUAUCUCUAUGGAGGGGAAAAGAAUAUUUUCGAUAAUUUUGUUAACAUGCUAAAGAUCUUCUAUUUGAAUAGGAGAGUAUUUGUAAAAAGUGAAUUGAAUUCGCUUCGCAAGAUAAACGUUUCAUGGAUGAAGAGUGAUGUUUCAUGGAUGAAACUGAGCAAGAAGGAAAUGCUUGAAAUAUGCCGCUGUAAAUAUUACAAAAUGUUGAAAAGGGAUCGUUUAGAUCUUCUUUUCCUGAAGGUGUGUCUCAAACAUGGUAUUAAACUGGAUGAGGAGUUAAAAGUAUUUUAUCAUGAAGGUGAUGAUAUGGCUCAUCGAGGUACUUACUACUUGAAGUUAUUCGAAUGCUUUUGCAAACUCACUAGUAGAAAUGAUGAAAAUUUGCUUAUCAUGGCUUUGAGGAAACCACCUUUUUCAGUUAAAAAAAUUCUGAUAUACAAGAAUGAGGCUCAAUUUAGAAGGGCAUUAAACAUUAGAUACAAACCGAAUUGUGUAAGUAGUUUUUCUGAAUUGAAAACUGUGUUGAAAUACCUUAAUCAGAUAGACAGUGUAUUUUUUUUUAAUUGUGUGAGAAAGUGUAUGGAAAAUGACUGUACUGCUAAUAAAAUAACGGAUAAAGAAAUGAGAGAACAUGUAGGAAUCAAUCCAUUUUUUCUUUUUUGCGAAUCCAACCGAUUUGUAGAAUCGAAGGAGCGUCUGCACAAACGUACAGCAAACUUUGAGGAGCAGAGGAAAAAGAAACGCUUCAAAAAAUUAGGACAUACAACACUUGUGGAAGACUCGGCAGAUGCAUCUCCUUUGGAAGAAUCACUUCCUUAUAGAAUUGUAGAUAUUUACCCCAUCAUAACAUUCUAUGUUUUAUUAAAUCACAUGAUGAGGUUUUUUCUUCUUCACAUAUUUCGCUCAUCGGAUUUGUUCGCACCGUUAAAGGAUGCGGUGAUCCAUAAGGAAAGGCUCCUCUUCCGCGAGGACGACGUGUUCAUGGAUUCCGCGGUUAUUAUGUACGAAUGUUGUCAUCAAGGGGAGAAAGAAACUACAUGCGAAUCAGGAAGCUCGUCAACAUGCGACUCGGUAGAAGAUUACCCAUACGAGCAGGAAGAAGCGAAACUGGAUACUAAAAUGUUCAGCACGAACAAGCUUAUAAGGAAAAAGCAACGUACAGUAUUGUUUAUGGCAGACAAGAAAAAUGCAGAUAAAUUUUGGCCGUCUGAUAAAAGAAUAACAGUACAGAAAAUCCCUGCGAGCCUUAUUUAUCAUGCCAUUUUUUUCAUUAACAACUACGUGAAGGAUCUAGUUAUUUACCUUGGCGAAUACCAUCUAAUGCACGAAGAUAUCCUGUACACCCUGGAAUUUUUUUACUUGAAAUACCUUGUUCUGUUGAAUUCGAUGCAUAAAGAGUGGAAUGACUCUACUGAUGGGGCAGAUGGAGAUAAAUACAUGCGCAUCAGACAACAAUUGUUCAGUCAGGUGGAGGAAAUCAUCCCCCCUUGUUUCAAGAACUUAGGAGAAGUGAACGAGGAUGAAAGCAAACCUUACUACCAUUGGCAAAAGCCAACAUGCAACAUGGAUGAAGAUGUACCGGAGUUUUGCAAGAACCUGGAUUUUCGGAAAAGAGCCUAUCGGACGGGCAGGGCGCACAAAACGGGACAACUGGACAGAACGGGACAACUGGACAAAGCGGGACAACUGGACAAAACGAACAAAAUGGACAAAGCGGAAGAAAUGGACGGUGAAAACCUACACACCUUGUACAAAUCCAAGUGCUACCGCAUCACCUGCAAAAAUAUCACUUCCUCCAUUUUCAACACCAUAUUUUCUAUUAUGGUUAAAUAUAUAAAAUACGAUUCGAGUAUAGUGAUCAAGAAUAAAGAGGACUCGUGGUGUUUUUCAAAAACAAACUUCCUAAAGGUUAUGAUUUAUACCCUCUCGUGUUACGUAAAUAGCCUAUGCUUAAAAAAUUUUAAUUAUUUUAACUUCAUCUCGCAAAAUUACCUCCCUCAUCUUCACAUUUUUCCCGAGUGGAAAAAUAUUAACUUUGGCGUCCAAGAGCGAAACUUGGAAUCGUGCCUUACGUGCAUGUCACAAAUUGUAGAGCAUUUAUACAAUUAUAUAUUUUAUUGCCUACCACUGAUGCGUGUGUUAAAGAUCAAUGAAGAUGAGUUAACAAGCCUGACGAGAUUCCUCUCCAUGUUUUUAAUUCCAUUACAUUAUCACGUUUACUUUUGUCAGAAUUUUAAUUUUUAUGCAAAUACAUGGCAGUGUGAGAGGGAAUCAUCCUCGGUGGACAUGGAUAGCGAGACGGUGGAAAAGAACCACAAUUCCUGGAAGAACAACAACCAUGAGGACACUCUCCAAAAAGAGGAUCCGAAAAGGAUGAACAAGCUAAUUUUGUACUAUGAAAUAAUUUUCAAGUACUACCUUAAAGGAACGCUUAUCAUAGAUCCAAAGACAUUGUCCAUUGAAAUGUUAGUCAUUAGACUUGAUACCAUGGCUCGUGUAUUAAUUGUUUUUGCCCUGCAUAAACUUCCUUGCGCCAAGAUCAUUACUGACUUGAAUAAAGUAUUGGAUCGCCUCAUCUCUGAGUUCGACCAAAUCAGUCCCAAGCACCACCAUAUGAUCCUGAGCUGUUGUCAAAACUUGAUUGAUCACAAGAAACUCUUGCAGAAAUUCAAGAUGAACAACAUUCGGAAGUGCUCCGUGCUAAAGAACUACAUUGUGUGCCAUCGUUAG